AUGCCACGUAAGCUACGUAAGAAUAUACGUAAGAGGAAGAGAGCAUUGAAACAUCCAAUAGUAAGACUAACACCACAACAACAGUUGCAACAACAAAUGCUGAAUGACCCCACCAUGUUGCAACAAAUGUCAAGCAACCCUAUGCUUUUAAACCGAGUUCUUGGUGCACAGAGUGGAGGUUUAAGAGCGGCACUUUUAGCGAAAAUGGCAGGCUAUGGUGGAGCUGCAGACGGAACAGCCUAUAACCCUCAAAGUCAAAUGAAUUUGAGUUCACUCAAAAAUCAAAUAUCAGAUGUCAAAAAGUCAAACAUAGACAUACAGAAGCAAAUAAGUGAAAACGAAAAGAA